AUGGCCGCUUCCUUCUCGCGCCUGAUAUUUCUCGCUGUCUUCGCCUUUCUUUUCUGUUCCGACACUGUCCUCGCGCGACGAACACCACAUGCUGCAAGAGACGCAGGACCUCGGCGUCCGAAGCACAAGAAACCGGACAAGCCCAAGUACUCCGAUGAAGAGACGUACUUCAGCUAUGUGUCCAGACCCGACAUCCAGCCGAUCCGCUGGGAGAUCAAGAACUUCGACAAGGAAGCGCUCGCGCCGGGGUAUUGGUUUUUGGCGCCGUAUGCGGCUCUUGAACAGAGCGAGUACAACAGCUGGAACGGCCCGCAUAUCUACGAUCAAAAGGGAGAGCUCAUCUGGAGUGGCUCGCCCAUGUUCAACAAUCUCAACAUCUACGAUUUUCGACUUGCGGAGGUGGGAGGGAAGAUGAUGCCGACAAUGAUCUUCACGGAACACUCAGACGGCUUGAUUCUUGACGAAGGCUACAACAUCCACCACACUGUUGAUAUGUUCGGCAUGGAGCUGCCCGAUUGGUUGAUGGAGCAGAUUGGACAUCGACACACUACCAACAUGCACGACUUCAAUGUGAUCGACGACGGUAAGCGCGCGGUCAUGCUGACGAAGGUUUAUGAAAAUGCCACGAAAGCAGAGUCGAAAGCUGUCGGCUUUGACGGCGAAUGCACAGCGAAAUGGCAGGGCUUCAAAGAGGUUGAUGUUGCGACUGGCGAGAUACUGUUCGAGUGGAAUGCACAUGGUCACAUCCAGCUGGAGGAGAGCACAUACCACAAGGGCCCACUCGACGAGAUGUGCAACGGCAAUGCAGGACCCGGCGGUUGGGACAUUCUUCACCUCAACUCCAUUGACAAGUUCCCGGAUGGUGACUAUCUUCUGUCUGCACGCCACACCAACACUUUGUACAAGGUGUCUCACGAGGACGGCUCGAUCGUGUGGCGGCUGGAGGCUGACCAUGGCGAUUUCAAAUAUCUCGACGACGACGCGAAGUUCCGACGUCAGCAUCAUGCUCGUGUCGUCAGUGCGAAUGAGACGCAUUCACUUGUUACUGUCUUCAACAACGCCAGAGGAACCGGCAAGGCGGAGCACCCUCUGGGCGAAGCUUCAACCGGCCUCCUUCUCUCGCUACGCACCGACACCAAGCCUAUGACCGUCGACGUGGCCGCAAAGUACGAACGUCCAGGAGGCAAAUACACCGCCGCUCGCGGCAGCGUACAAAUGCUCGACAACGGCAACGCCUUCGUGGGCUGGGCCAAGCACUCAUUGCAGUCCGAGCACGCCCCAGACGGCCGCACGCUUAUGCAAGCGCAGUUCAGGCACGAGGGCGCCAACACCUACCGCGCGUACAAGUACGAGUGGGUAGGUCGACCGCAGGCACCUCCCGAUGUUCAUUCAGCGGCUAUCGAUGGCGUGAAGGAGGAAGUCAACACUAUCGUGCAUGUCAGCUGGAAUGGGGCUACGGAAGUCCAUUCGUGGAAUCUUUACAAGACGAAUCCGAAUGGCGAGGGUAGGGAACUUGUCGGCUCGACGCUGCGCCAGGGGUUCGAGAGUAUGAUCUCGUAUCAAGGCUAUGCGAGCUACGUUGUCGUGGAGGCACUUGACGCCGAUGGCAAUGCGCUUGGGGAAUCCAGAACCAUCGAAACCCUCCCACCAUCAGAUUUGAUCAGCCACGUCGUAGCAGACGAAGCGCAAUGGCUCCAAGCGCACUCCGUAACCUCUCAGUCCGGAUCUCGGCUCUCUGUGCUCGAAAGCCCAAUCGUCACCUACAUCCUUGGUGUCGUGAGCUGCGCAAUCACGGUUUUGGUGGCAGCACUGCUGUGGAGGGCCCGACAUGGUGGUAGCUCUUGGAUGCAGCGGAAGCCUUAUGAACCGGUGGGCGAGAAGGAGCUUGAUGAGGAGGAUUUCAACGAGGAUACGAUGGUGGAGGAGAUGAAUGAGCGGAUGGAGUUUCAGAAGGGGGAGGUGUGA